GAAUUCCACAUUUCUUCUUUUGAAGAGAGGCUUAUUAAAGAAAUUGAAUACAGGAUAAUAAAGACUACAUUAGAAGAACUUCUUGAAGAAGAUGGAGAAGAAAAGAUGGCAGUUGACAUUUCUGAAUCUGAAGCUGUUGAAGCAGGAUUUGAUUUAAGAGUCAAGAAUUAUAGGAUUCUUGAGGGGAUGGGUGUUACCUUUCAUUGCAAGAUGUCUGGCUAUCCAUUGCCCAAGAUUGCGUGGUACAAAGAUGGCAAGCGCAUUAGGCAUGGAGAGAGAUACCAAAUGGACUUUCUACAAGAUGGCAGAGCUAGUCUGCGCAUACCUGUUGUUCUUCCAGAAGAUGAGGGCAUCUAUACUGCAUUUGCCAGCAAUAUUAAAGGAAAUGCAAUCUGCUCCGGGAAAUUGUAUGUGGAGCCUGCUGCUCCACUCAGUGCUCCGAUGUACAUACCCACACCUGAGCCAAUGAGCAGAAUCAGGUAA